AUGCAACAGCAACAGCAAGGUGGUGCGCGGUUGCGUCAUCUGAACCCGCUGCGCCUGUUCCACAACAACUUUUCCUACCAGCAGCUUCCCUCGGACAGUCGCAACACGUCGCCCUUCACAUUGCAGCCUCUCAAGCGAGUCCGAUGGCCUUCACCGAGGCGCGCCGGCGAGGCCAUGCGCUCUGUUCGCUGGUCUCCGCUCCGCAUCCUUCUCUGGGCAUUGACCUCACUGUUCGUGCUCCUGAUGCUCAUUGCGACUCGUCAUCACCCAUUCCACCAUCGUCCGCCGCCAGAAAACCCGCAUCCGGAAGCUAAGCCUCCUGGUUAUCCUUGGGAAGAAUAUCAGCCAUUAAAAGCUUAUUACAACGGCAUCCGCACACUGGUAUCUCCCAAAGAAUGGGUACCUCAGAACCGCUACAACAAGUCGAUCCCCGAAGGCUUCGUUGACCAGAAUGAAGCCCGUGGCUUUCCCAAGCAACCCGCUUUCGAGCCCAUCAAGUUGACUCCUUACCCCGACUACGCUUCGUACGAAUACACUCAGAAGUAUGGAAAGGUCGAGACCUGCUAUAUGGACGAUCAGGACAAGGUCGAGGUUCCCGAUGUUUACGUGUAUCCUGGUCUUCCCAGAAAUAUGACUGUGCCCAACUUUGGCUCACACAAAGAGCUUGGAAUCAGAGAUGAUGUUUGUUACGAUAGAUAUGGCAGACUCGGUCCUUACGGUUAUGGUUACAACGCUACAGCUGGUGGUCUUGGUCCUGGUCUUGACUCGGAAAAUGUUGGUGUCGAUAAGCUUUUCGAAAAGAUGGGCACAGUCGACUACUCCAAUGUCAACUGGGGCAAGGCCAUGAAGAAGUGCCACGAAAAGAACAAGGGCCGUUUCGAAAACAAGGAUGCUCAUCGCAAGGUUUCCCGCCAUGCCUACGUCCUUCGCAUCUGGACCGGCUACAACUUCAACUACAACCAGCUCUACUCUCUUCGUGCAAUGAUUGCUGAACUUUCCCUCAAAUCCGGUGGAGAGUACGAUGUCUACUUCCUUUUGCACGUCAAGGAUGAGACUCUGCCCAUCUGGGCCGACAAGAGUGUUUACCAGAAGGUCAUUGAACAGAACAUGCCCAAGGAGUUCUGGAACAUGACUGUUUUGUGGUCAGAGUCGCAACUGCUCAACUACUACCCUCCCCCCUUCGCAGAGCCCUUUGAGAAUCCUUCCGGGCAGAGCGUGCACGGAGUCUACCGUUCUGCUCAUUUCGCUCUCCAGUGGUUCGGCCAACAGUACCCUGACUACGACUUCUACUGGAACUGGGAAAUGGAUCUUCGCUACAAUGGUCACUACUACGAAUUCAACACUGCCAUCGGUGAUUGGGCUCGCAAGCAACCUCGCAAGGGCAUGUGGGAAAGAGCUGAGAGAUUCUGGAUGCCCCAGCUCCACGGUACAUAUCAGAACUUCACUGACAUGGUCGAACGCGAGACCCUCGAGAACGGCAAGACUCCUAUAUGGGGUCCUUCUGCCUUCCAGCAUGAUGGCCUCACUCCUUCUCCCUCAGACACGACUCCCCCCAUGCCAUAUGACAGGGACAAUUUCAAGUGGGGAGUCGGCGAAGAAGCCGAUCUCAUCACUUUCAACCCCAUCUUCGAUCCCAGUAAGACAAACUGGGUCUUCCGUCUGGACGUAACUGGCUACAACCUGCAAAUGCCCCCUCCUCCUCGCCGCUGCGCUAUCAUUACCGUCUCACGUCUUUCAAAGCGUUUGAUGGAUAUCAUGCACGAGGAGACCUGGAAGUACCGUCACACCAUGUUCCCUGAGAUGUGGCCUGCAUCGUGUGCCUUGCAACAUGGACUCAAAUCCGUCUACGCACCUCACCCCGUUUAUUUCGACCGCGAUUGGGAUCUUGAGUACAUGGACAGAAUGUUCAACCGUCCCAGGAUCGAUGUUGAUAGUCCUUUCGGAUGGGGCGAGCACAACUUCAUCGGCAGUUCAUUUUACUACAAUUCUGGAUUCUCCGGAGCUCUUUGGCGCCGCUGGCUCGGUCUUCGCGAAAACAAGGAGGGUGGUACUAGGGACGAAGAGACUGGCACUGGACGUAUGUGCACCCUUCCAAACCUAUUUCAUCCAAUCAAAAGUGAGCUUGGCGAGAAUAACUGA